AUGGCGAUGCCCUUUGCCUCCCUGUCGCCGGCAGCCGACCACCACCGCUCCUCCCCCAUCUUCCCCUUCUGCCGCUCCUCCCCUCUCUACUCGGUAGGGGAGGAGACGGCGCAUCAUCAGCAGCAGCAGCACACGAUGAGCGGCGCGAGGUGGGCGGCGAGGCCGGCGACCUUCACGGCGGCGCAGUACGAGGAGCUGGAGCAGCAGGCGCUCAUCUACAAGUACCUCGUCGCCGGCGUCCCCGUCCCGCCGGAUCUCCUCCUCCCCAUCCGCCGCGGCUUCGACUCCCUCGCCUCGCGCUUCUACCACCACCACGCCCUCGGGUACGGUUCCUACUUCGGUAAGAAGCUGGAUCCGGAGCCGGGGCGGUGCCGGCGGACGGACGGCAAGAAGUGGCGGUGCUCCAAGGAGGCCGCCCAGGACUCCAAGUACUGCGAGCGCCACAUGCACCGCGGCCGCAACCGUUCAAGAAAGCCUGUGGAAACGCAGCUCGUCGCCACGCCCCACCACUCCCACUCCCAGCAGCUGCAGCAGCACGCCCCCGCCGCCAGCGCCGCCGCGUUCCACAGCCACUCGCCGUAUCCGGCGAUCGCCACUGGCGGCGGCGGCUCCUUCGCCGUGGGAUCUGCUCAGCUGCACAUGGACAAUGCUGCUUCGCCUUACGCGACCGCUGGUGCCGCCGGAAACAAAGAUUUCAGGUAUUCUGCCUAUGGGUUUAGGACUUCGGCGAUGGAGGAGCACAACCAGUUCAUCUCUGCGGCCAUGGAGACCGCCAUGGAGAACUACUCAUGCCGCCUGAUGCCGGCCCAGAACUCAUCCUUCUCACUCGCCAGCUACCCCAUGCUGGGCACCCUGGGCGACCUUGACCAGAGCGCGAUCUGCUCGCUCGCCAAGACGGAGAGGGAGCCUCUGUCCUUCUUCGGCGGCGGCGGCGGCUUCGACGACGACGACUCGGCGGUGAAGCAGGAGAACCAGACGCUGCGGCCCUUCUUCGACGAGUGGCCCAAGGACAGGGACUCGUGGCCGGAGCUGCAGGACCACGAUGCCAACAACAGCAGCAACGCCUUCUCGGCCACCAAGCUGUCCAUCUCCAUCCCGGUGACCAGCUCCGACUUCUCCACCACCGCCGGCUCCCGCUCGCCCAACGGUAUAUACUCCCGGUGA